CCUCAGCCGGGCACCCAGGGCUGGGAGGCGCCGCCGCGGGCCAUGGCGGCGCUGGGCGGGCUGGCGGCCGGGGCCGCGCUGCUGCUGCUGUUGCUGCUGCUGCUGGCGGCCGGGCUCUACUGCUGCUACGUGAGGCACGUCCACGCCAAGUAUGACCACAUCCCCGGCGCCCCCCGCGAGAGCUUUUUACUUGGACAUCUGCCAAUCUUUUGGAGAAUGCUGGAGAAACAGGAGCUUAUACACGAUCUUUUCUUGCAGUGGUCAGAGAAGUACGGACCUGUUAUACGGUUUAAUGCUUUUCACAGAGUCUCAGUAAUGAUUCUGAGUCCUGAAGGAGUGAAGGAGUUCUUGAUGUCACCGCAGUACCCUAAGGAUCGCCUGGUCUAUGGUCGUAUCUUCAACAUGUUCGGUGUAAGAUUUCUAGGGAAUGGCUUGGUAACUGAUCGCAACUACGAGCAUUGGCACAAGCAGCGGAAGGUGAUGGAUCCAGCUUUCAGCCGCACCUACCUGAUUGGCCUGAUGGAAACUUUUAAUGAAAAAGCAGAGGAGCUGAUGGAGAAGCUAGAGGAAAAGGCAGAUGGAAAGAAAGAGUUUAGCAUGCUGACGAUGAUGAGCCGGGUGACUUUGGAUGUCAUUGCAAAGGUAGCCUUUGGCAUGGAGUUGAACGCGCUGAGUGAUGACCGGACACCGUUCCCACAUGCUGUGACCAUGAUUAUGAAGGGAAUGACUGAGAUGCGCAUCCCCUUUGUGAAGUAUAUGCCAGGAAAACAGAAAAUGAUAAAGGAGGCCCGGGAGAGCCUGAGGCUGCUGCGGCGCGUGGGAAGGGAGUGCAUUGACCAGAGGAGGGAAGCCAUCCAGAGUGGGAAGGAAGACACGUUAGAUAUUCUUACGCAGAUACUGAAAGGAGAUGCUCUGGAGGAAACUAGAGAUGACGAAAACAUUCUGGAUAACUUUGUCACUUUCUUUGUUGCGGGUCAUGAAACCACUGCCAAUCAGUUGUCGUUUACAGUAAUGGCACUGGCUCAGCAUCCUGAAAUAAUGGAAAGAGUUCAGGCCGAAGUGGAUGAAGUUCUUGGUGCCAAGAGAGACAUCAACUAUGAGGAUCUUGGCAAACUGAAGUACUUAUCACAGGUUCUGAAGGAAUCGCUGCGGCUAUACCCGCCUGUCCCAGGGACGGUACGCUGGACAGAGAAGGAAAAUGUCAUCGAAGGUGUCAGGAUUCCUGCAAACACAACAGUAAUUUUCAGCACCUAUAUCAUGGGGCGGAUGGAAAGGUACUUUGAGGAUCCACUCACUUUCAAUCCAGAACGAUUUAGCAAAGAUGCACCAAAGCCAUAUUACUCCUAUUUUCCAUUCUCGCUGGGACCCCGCUCCUGUAUCGGGCAGGUGUUUGCACAGAUGGAGGCGAAAGUGGUGAUGGCAAAGUUGCUGCAGAGGUUUGAAGUCCAGCUGGUACCAGGGCAGAGUUUUAAACUCUUGGAUUCUGGAACCCUUCGACCACUAGAUGGAGUAAUGUGUAAAUUAAAGCCCAGGAGCCUUCCAAAAGGCUUCCAGGCGUGACCGUCAGGAAGGGGAGCAUGAAAUGGAAGUGGUUGAGUUUCUUCAGAUUUCGUAGAUUUUCACGGUAAUCGAAGGUUAGAUUUUACAGGCCCCUUUAGAGGAUUACCAGAUUGGAAAUUUUCCUAAUUUUCUCAUCAUGUAUGAAAGAAAACCGUAGGAGAUUCACUCUGGAUAUAUGUCAACAUCUUCAAUCUGAAAGCGUACCUGGAAUUGCAAAGCCUGCUAUGUUCCUGGGGGACUAUUUGGUUCUGUCCAGAAUUUUAAACGGACAUCUUUUCACUGGAGUAUCCCUGAGAGCUCCGCACAAAGCUGGAGUCAAAUCCCAGUGGAUAGUUUCCACUAAUUUUGCUUACAACACGACAUGGUCUAAGUAAGCCCUUGUUAGGGGAAUGUUAUGUUUACACAAUGAAAUCAAAAACAUAGUAGAGCACAAGAUUUGGGCUGAAUUUAGGAAGAGAACUUUGGAGCUAAAAAAAACAGUUUUUCCAUCCCUGCUCUAAAUGAGAAGAAUGAUUGAGAAGUGAUCUGAAACAAAACUCAGAGAUUGUGACCACUAAUUGUCCCUGUUGCUUCUGCCUCAUUUUUCUUCAGUCUCUUCUACUUCCAACGUUGGUCAGAGCGUAGGUUCACCACCCAGGCAGCACUGCUCUUUUGGGGAGGUCUCGUUGGGUUCAUUUUAACCUGGAUUGUUUUCCCCAUCUGGCUCACUGUGAAGCUACACGAAUGCUUGGACCAGCCUAGAAUGUACAGCAGAGUUGGAAGCGAGGGCCUAGAAUCAAACGCUGCUUAAACUUGACCUUUCCUCGAAGAAAUUCUUGUGCAACUUGAGCCAGAGGCAGGAGAACGUCCUGCAGCCUUUCCUGCAGCUGCUCCAAAAUUGUUCGCUCUGUGCUGCCUUACAGCUUGGCUCAGCUAGGGGAAAAAUGAUAACGUGAAAAUCCCACCUUCCAGAAAUACAUGGAUACCUAAUAGGAGUUUGGGCAUAAGAUCUACCACGAAAUGAAGGGAAUUCAGGACAUUUGGUACUGGCAGUGUUGCAGAGAAUGCGGUAUGUGCACUGACAAGUUACCGUGGUGGUUUCCACACCAGGAGGAUAACUCUGCUCGUGCACCAUCCGAUGCGGAGCAGCAGUGGGAUAACAGGCCAGUAAGGUUGAUGCUGCUUUUGAGAAGCGAUGUUAUACAGUGUACUAAUACUACUGAUACCCAGAGGUGACACCGCUUGCACUGCUAGGCCAGCUCUGUCAUCCCUUUUGCUGGAGAUCCGCUCCUGUACUCCUGCACAUGAAUAAAACCCGAUUUGGAAA